AUGAUAUCAUCUACAAUAUUGCUGAUCAGCUUGACUCAAUUUCUCGUUCUCCCAGUCAUCUCUGUAGGCUUUUUGGAUGAUCAGAACACAGGGGAAUUCUUCUCAGACAUAUUUGAUCUAGACCCAAUCAUUGAACUUGAUACUCCACAACCCAAUAGUCUUUUGGCUCUGGACACAAUCAAGUCAGCAAAAGCUCUUGACAAUUUGGUUUAUGAUGAUCACAGUCUUCUGUAUGGCUUGGGUGGUAUCUAUCCAGAUCACUAUCAUAUGCCAGAAUUCAAUUGGAUGAACAAUAUUCUUCCAAACAAAGAAGCAGGAGCUCUAACUGACAAAGAGACCACACCUCCAACUAUUAUGCAAGGUAGCAGUAUCUUACCAAGCAAAGAUCAUCUAUCAACUGUUGGAAUAGUGAAUGAUUUAGACGGAACCCAUCAAGAACAGUUGAUUGACUCCCUGGAACCAUCUCCACCUCCUUUUAGGGCACAGAAAAACUCUUUUGCCAUUGAAAAGAGUUAUAUCUCACCAAGACACAGGCAUCUAUCAAAUGAGGCUUCUGAAAAAAAAUCAGAAAGGAUGAAUCAACAAGAACAUAUUGAUCACAUGCUACCAUCUAAAAACUCUCUGCGAGUACGAAAAAACUCUCAGAAAAAAGACAGAUCCCAUAGUCUCAUCAACUUGGAUUAUCAAAAUGAACCCAAGUCAAAAUAUGAGUCCAGAGAGAACAUGAAACGUAGGAAAAAUGAGGCAAAGUGUGAAAACUAUAUUUAUCAAAACAUAUUAAAAUCAAUCCUGCAAUGGCAAUGCAACUUGUUAUUAGCCAAGAGAUACAAGGUUUCUGAAAAAAUUGGAAGAUUUUUCAAAGAUUUGCAAGAUUCUCUCACAUCCAAGGAUAAGAUAAAUGAUGCAUUCAAGUCUGAUGGAUUCAGAACCAUAGAUGAUUUGUGUUUGGCUAUUGAGAAGAUACGCACAGAUUUUGUAAUGGGGGUGCUGGGUGCUUUCAAGAUCCUUUUUCAGAGACAUCUUAAAUUGGAAUUGAUGGAAUCUUUGAUUCUUGAUUUGUGGGAAUUUCUUCAAAUAUAUCUUCAAGAAGAGUUGAGUGUUUUACCAGAGGAAAAUGUAACCAAAUUAUCUGAAAGUCAAUCAGGAAAAAACAACAACUACAUAGAGCCUGGAAAAGCCCUUGAUUAUGCUUUACACUUGGCAAAGGACUCACCAAUCUCAGAAAGAUUUGUACACCAAAAGCUUAAGGAAUGGGCCACUACAACCAGCUACAAGGAUUCUGUUCCUCUUUUUGUACCAGAUUACGGGUCAUUCAUUGAAGAAUGUGAUAUACACUACAAACAAAAAGGAGAUGAGAAAACUAUUUAUCGUGUGAAAGGCCAUAAGAUAGAUAAGGCUAAAGAUGUUCAGGAUGCCAUGGGAAAACAUCUUGCCAGCAAAACAACAGGAUUGAUUUACACUGCUCAAAUUGUCAGGUUUCUCAAGGAUGUAGGUUCACGUGCCUUCAGAACAGGGGAAGUUAUACACUUCUUUCUGCACCUUCAAAAUGACAUAAAAUCUAUCACCAAGACAGGAAUGAAUGCAGCAGAUCAUUCAAAGAUUUUUCUUGACAGAAUUGAGGUUCUCAGAAAGGAUAUGGUCCACAAGGCAGUCUAUACUGCACAGCAUGAAUUGACUGCAGCAUUUAUGGGCCUUUUGAGGGUGAUGUACUCAGAAAUGCAAUUUGAUUCAACUUGGGAUGUUAUAGCCCACAAUGGAUGGGAAUUCCUGAAAGAAUAUUUCUCUACAUGGAGCAGAUAUUUCUCAGAAACCAAUAAUCCCAUAGUACUGGCACCUGUAGGACGGGUAAGGGUGAGCAAUGAAUGGUCAGAUUUGAAAGCAACAUUGAAUUAUUUCAGCAAAAAAAGAGUGGUAAACACAUUCUCCCUAGGGUUCAUUUGGUUUCUGAUAGAUUUGUGGCAUGAUGAAACAAAAUUUCCAGAAAGCUAUGGAAAAGGACCACCAGGUUUCAAGGUUCUUCCACCACAUAGGAGACAUAUCAUACAGAUGUGCCAAAAAUUCAAGGAAGAAAAUGUUGGUAAACUUUGA